AUGUCCAACAGUAUUGAACGAGAUCAAAUUUUGAAAUCCAAGCUGAACUUGGUAUAUAAAAACAAGAACAAAAUACAACCACAGGAGUUGUUCACUAGAAAAACUAGCGAGGCCGACACUCUGCCGGGGUACGCUGACGUACAGAAUGUGAUAAAGACGGUUGAGGCGGACGUCCCCGAAGACCUCGAUCAACUGAAGGAGAACUUCGGCCUUGACCUGGACGUGUAG